GUACGGAAAGAUUCAGAGUGUGAAACUACAGACAGCCAAGGAGAAUGACGCGGACAGUACUGCCACCGUGGCAUUCAAUGACAUCAAGUCGGCGGCUAAGGCGCACCAUGCCAAGAACAGUAUCGGAGAGGUGACCUUGAGGACUGACUAUUGGGAAGGCUCAACCGGCACUCCGGUGUUGGCCAGCACCCCAGUGGUAGGCAGCAAUACUGUCCGGAGUGCCGUGUACACCAGCACAACCCCAGCCUCCUCCAGACUAGCAUCCACCUUCUCCAGCUGGUCCAAGGG